AUGGCUCUCACGAUUAUCAUCGUUAAAUUUGUCUUCUUGGUAUCGACAGUGUAUUCUAAAGUUACACUUGAGAAUUCGGGUUUCGAAUCUCAACCGACAAACCUAACGACGAAUUCGACCUCCCAAUUCGUUCUCCUCAAUAGCAAAACCAACGUUAUUCCCGGUUGGUCGUUUAAUGGUACGGUCUGGUACGUGACAGCUGGCGGAAACAUUUCCCUACCUGGAAACGGUCACGGGUUGCAACUAGGUCCAAAUGGUGUGAUCAACCAAACAUUUAAAACCGAUGGAAGUUACUAUUAUACCCUCACAUUCACCCUUGCUCCAAGCAGCAUGAAUUGUGCCAGCAAUUUCACAGCCGUAAAUGUUUCCGGUUCCGAUGAGUCCAAAGUAUUCAUUUAUAAAGAAUCAUUUGGGAGUGAAAUGUGGCAAACUUAUGCUUAUUCGAUGAGUCGCGAGAUCCAAAGGGGUAUUAUGGGAAUACAAUUUCAAAGUGUCGCGGGUAGCAACGACUGUUGGCCUAUCAUUGAUACUCUUCUUGUUAACGGAAUCGGGAGUCCCCGUUUAUAUGGAGAUAACGGGUUUAUGAACAGCGGGUUCGAAGUUGGACCGGCCUUUCUCGAUAACUCCUCUCAGGGUAUCCUACUCGAUGACGAUACCAACGAAGAGGCUUUCAAGGUUGUCCAACAGUGGACCAUUUUAGGUAUGAUAAAGUAUAUCGACUCAAAACACUAUGCGGUCCCACGAGGACGAGGAGCAGUCAUGCUAGUGUCCGGCAAUCCAUCGGGUAUCUUGUAUAAUCGAAGGUUCUCAAGACACGGAAAAAUUACUCUAGACUUUAUCAUGGGCGAUGCUAAUGACUCAUGUGUGGGAGAUUUUACGGUUUAUUUGCAAGUGGGAAAUUACAUGAUGUGGAACUUUACUAUGAGGAGCCUUGGUGUUGGAUCAAGGGUGAGGCAUUCUGUGACGUUCAAGGCGGAAUUUAGCAAGACUGAAUCGGUUCCUAUUAGUUUUUCUAGCUUUAACGUGACUCGAACGAGUGACCAACAAGUGUUAUGUGGACCGGUUAUUGAUAGCACGGUGAUUCGAUUUUCUAGUUCAAAGAUACUACAUUACGAACCAGUGAUCUUUUGCUUUGUUUUGGCUACAGUUUUCUUAAUUUAAUGGUUUGUGUUGUAAAAUUGCACCAAAACGCGUUUAUAUAAAAAUUAAUUUUUUUUUUUUUUU